CAAAAUAAUUAAUUUUUUUUUUCUACACCUAUCUGUACUCUUCCUUCUUCAACGGGAGUGGUUAAAAAUUGUCGGUAGUCAAAGAAAAUGAGGGGAGCGUAAAAAAUGAUUCUGUUUAUUUUCACAUACGUGUAUUCUUUGUUCUCAAGCGGGAGUCAGACAUGUUCAAAACACUGCAUUAAAAAAAAAUUUUCUUGUCUUGUACAAGAAUGCAAGUACUUGCUUUUUCCAGAGACGUAUUUAAAAGUGGCUGUGUUCCUUAAUAAAAGGAGAGAGAGAUACACGUCGAAUAUUUAGACAUAUUAGCGGAAAUUCUAUUUUCAAUCUCUUCAUGUACAAAGUUUCUUUUGAUAAAUUAAUAAGAAGGUCAACAAAAAUAAUAGAGCAUCUUAAAAUUCAAACGGAAUCAUUUUUCUUUAGUAAAAUAUAGUCAAAAUGGUAUUUCAAAUAACACCCAAGGGACAGGAAGCCAUUAGGCUUGCCUGUUUAAUUGAGUUUAAGCAAAAUGUCAGAUAAUUGUGUUAAAUGCCUGGUUUCUAAUCACUUUUAAUGAAUUAUAUUGGAAACAAAACACUUUAAUAGUUGUCAUAAAAAAAGUAAAUUGAUUUAGAAAGCAUUUUUAUUUUAAAUGAGUUAUUAAAGUGAAAACCUAUUGAAAGCCACAUUUUUUGGUUGACUGUGUUUUUUACUUAUUGGAGCAUAUGUUUGGUGUAUCAAAUACAAGUUCAGGAGUCAGCGGGUCUUUCGGAACAACACCAAAGACAGAUACAAAUUCACUCUUUAAACCCUCUUUUGGAACGACUGGAUUUAAUUCGACAGCGUCGCCUUCAAGUUUCUUUGGCAAUUUCCAAAAUACAACGCCUGUUAAUAACAGUUUUAGUGGAUCUACAACAAAUUUCGGAACACCUCAGCAUUCAAGCAGUACAAAUUUAUUUGGUUCGCAGCAGCAGCAGCAGCCAUUAAAUUUAUUUGGGGCACCUCAACAAAGCAAUUCUUCCUUCUUCAACCAAACUUCAAAUAGCUCGUCUGCACCUUCAGGCCUUUUUUCAACACCUUCUCUUGCAUCAACAACCCCGAGUAAAUUAUUUACAAAUUCAGUUCAGCAGCCGUCGAAUGUUAGCCUCUUUAAUACGGGUACAUCAAACUCCAAUUUGUUUGGGACUGGAACCUUUGGGGCUUCUUCGUCUAUAACAAAUAGUAGAGUAGGGACAAAAGGUAUACAAUAUCGUGAGGAACAGGAUGCUACUGCUCAAGCUAAAAUUUGUUGUAUCACCUUUUUACCUGAAAUCAACCAACAAAAGUGCUUAGAAGAAUUGCGAUAUGAAGAUUAUAUUGCUGGAAAUCAUACAAACUUGAAUGUAUUAAAUCAAACAACAAGUCAACCACUUUUUUCAUCACAAAAUCUUUUAUCUAGUACGACCACACCUUUUAAUACCACUACUGCACCACCGUCUACUACUUCAGGAAUUCUGACGGGGCAAAGUACAGUCAACACAUCGUCGAAUUUUAAUAAUCAAUCAAAUACAUUUUUUGGAGGGUUUUCUAAGGACAAUUCGAAACCUUCUACUGGAUUAUUUGGAUCAACGUCAAACUCCAUUUUCUCUUCUUCUAAUCCAACACAAAGUGUUUUUGGAUCAAAACCUACAACAUCGCUGUUUGGAACAACGGUGCAACCGAACACAAGUUCUAAUGUGUUAACAAACACGUCACUUUUUGGAACAACGGCACCGACGUUCGGGGCACCUGUGACAUCAGCGCAGCAAGGAACGCCGUCGGGAACAAUAAAUCAAGGGACGUCAUCUUUAUUUCAAAAUGUGACACCUUUGGCACAACCUUCGUCCUCAUCAUUAUUUGGAACACCAAAUACGACUACAACCAACCUUUUCACUACAGCAGCUCCCCAAACAAGCUUGUUCGGGUCGACUAGUGUAAAAGAACCAACACAAAGUUCUACUUUAUUUGGUUCAAACACGACAGGAGUAUCAUCAGGGACAAAUUCUUUGUUUAAUACUUCGACUUCUAAAGUGACACCGUCAUUAUUUGGUACAACAAACACACAACCACAACUAGGAAAAUCGUUGUUUGAUACGUCGACAACUGCAGGCACCACGAAUCUCUUUACUAACACAUCAGCCAUACCGAAUUCAGAUAAAUUAGGAGGAACAAACCUUUUUAAGGGAUUGUCCGGCAGCUCUCAAAAUACGUUUGGGUUUACUGAUUUUUCGGGUCAAAACAAGACUCAAGCAGGUCAGGGAUUAUUCAAUGAAACAAAAACUUCUUUGUUUUCUCCACCACCAACAACAAGCCUUUUUAGUCAAGGAAAUUUAAACACAACAAAUGGUCUUGCACAGUCUACGAUUUCGUCUAACCAAAAGUCAAAUGAGAACAUGGCGUGUAAUAAUGUCUCUUCAGUGUUAUUUAAUAAUUCGGAUCCUUAUGGUAUAAAUCGUGUAACUCCUUUACUAGAAACUAGGUAUCUGACAAGAGGUCAAUUACCUAGUGUACCAAAACCCUUUUCUUUUCCUGCGUGUGGAGUGAUUUUACCGUCACAAUACAGAAGAAAUAAAUUGAAUGCAUCCACACAAUUUUGGCAACCAAUCUCUGAUAAUGCUUCCCAAUUUAAAAAGUUUUCUUCGACACCUCAACGAUUCACAUCUUCUGCUGGGAGAUAUACAAAUUUUAUGUCUCCCCUUUUAUUAAAUAAUAAAAGAGAAUGGGAUAGUUUUAACGAUAAAAAUGACACAAAUUUUAUCAAAUCAGGUUGUAGGCAAGAUGCUUCACUUUUGAAUUCAUCAGGAAAGUUAGUACAAUCCAAUAAAUGUUUAUCACGAUGUAACUCUGUUUUUCGUUUUCCGUUAUCUCAAUACACCACUUCGUUAUCGCCUUCUCAAUUAACAUCGUGCCAAAAUGUAACGUAUCGUGAUGAUGCCUUUACAGAAGCAAGACCAUCAGCGUCCACACAAUGCUUCGAAAAACAAGAGAAAAUGCAUCAAAGACUUCAUAGAACUGUGUUUCAGGAACCUGGUGUCUCCACACCAUUUAAAAAAAAUCUACCGUCUCAAAAUGAAGGUUGCAUUGAAGGCACAGCGUUUUCACUAUCUGAGCAUUAUGAUGCUUGUCAACAAAAAUCGGAUUCUUUACAAAACAAUCCUAGCAUAACAAGACGAACAGGCCGCAUAACCAAUCUUUUGGGAGAAAAAACAUUUAAAAAACACUACAAUAGAAAUUCUUUUUUAAAAUGUACUCGUGAAGGGUAUUCCACACGUCCAUCACUAGAAACAUUACAAUCAUAUAGUGACACUCGCUUAGCAGCUGUGGAAGAUUUCACUAUUUGUCAUGAAAUGUAUGGUGAAAUUACAUGGCCAGGUUUAACAGACAUUCGAGGAAUCUCUAUUGACGACGAUGUUAUUAUUGAAGAUCGAGCUGUUGAGGUUUAUCCUUUUAAGGAGGAGCCACCUGUUCCUAUAGGUGAAGGAUUGAAUAAGCCAGCUCUCGUUACAUUAUACAAUUGCGGGCCCAAAACGCCACAGGAAAAUUUAACAUCUGACCAACUUGCUCACCAAUACCAAGAACAUGUUGAAAAAAUUCGUUGGUUUACAAAAAAAAUGCAAGCUCAAUUUAUUGCAUUAACACCUGAUUACGUUUGGAAAUUCCGCGUAGAGCAUUUUAGUCGGUAUGGAUUAUUUGAUGAGGAAGUGGAAGAGGAAAAAGAAGACAAAGAGCAAGAAGAACAAACAACUAUCUUCCCAGCAUUGCUGCAAGAAAGCACGCUAAAGGACUCGUCCCAGUCGCCUUUACUUUUUACACCACAAAAAAGUUUGUCUUCUUGUGAUAAAAAAGAAACAUUUUCUGAACAUCUUAAUAAUUUUUCAAAUAUGUUGGAUUUAAACAAAACCAAUUUUUGUACUAAAACUCUACAAGUUGAAGCUUUCUUCGUAGACAAUUUCGUGCUCUCAACUUCCCCAAACAUCAUUUUUUUCGUCCCGCAACAAAUUAGUAUCACAAAGGAUUUCCAUUCCGUUGAUGACUCUCUUUUCUGUUUAUCCAAUACUCGUUAUGAUUUUUCUUCUCUUUUUUCCACUGAAACAUAUUCUUUCGAAACUUUAUACUUUUACUAUGUGGACUCUUUGUUAGUUUUAACUUUUCAAUUAUUAUUUGACAAAAAUUAUCAGCUUGACAAAAUUUUCGCAUUACAAGUGCAGUUAAUUGAACAAUUUAUUAGAGCAAUCGAACAUCGACAUGUUCCCUCUAAUAUCAGAAGAUUUUUAGUUUAUAGUUUAGAAACUUGGCAAUUAGUUUACCUUUUAUUCGGCGAUCUAAAUCAUAAUGAUAAAAGAGCGAGUAUGCAACAACGCAAAGAAUCGUCACCGACCGCCUCUUCGCCAGAAAUGGAGGUUUUUCCUGAAGAAACGAAUGAUUCUGAUUUUUAUAGAGAAUUAUAUAAACAUCGUAUCACUCUUCUUUCUGAAUGGUUUUCUUCUGUCAAUACUCCUAAAGUUGAUAAAGCCGUAGCUAAUUUACCUGUUUUUUCUUCGCAUGAAAUCAAUUUGAAAACCGGUCUAUUAAAAGAAGCGGAAUGCCGAUUACAAAAAACACUUUAUUAUAUGAUGUCAAAUAACAUCAAACAAGCGACGACUGAAUUAAUGGGAAAUCGUGCAAAAGAACAAAUCCCAUUUUUUCGUUUAGCGUUGUGUUUAACAGGAUCCGGCUCCCCUUCAUUGUUUGGCGUGCCAUCGAAUCGUGAACCUUUAUUUCAACAACUGAUUGAAUGGCAAAAAAGGCAAAUAUAUGAAACAAUACCUUUACCUGUACUUCGAAUUCAUCACGUUUUAGCUGGAUGCAUUGACCGCUUAAUAGCGAAAGAAGCACUUGAUUGGAAAACAUUAUUUGCGUUACUUCUGUGGUAUCCUUCAAUUGAUGCAUCCCUAUAUUUAAAAAAUUACGACGUACAAAAUGACGCUUCUUCAACUUUAUAUUCGACUAAUACAAUCAAAUCUACAAGUACCUUUGAGGAAGGCACUGUUCUAAAGACUACCGUUUUACAACGUGCUUUCCAUACUUUCACACAUUCUUUAUUGAAUUUACCAAAUCAAAAUACAACACCCGCACCUCUCCCAGAGUAUUUGGGACUUCACCGACGCAAUGUAUGCGACAGUGACCCUAUUGAUUUACAAUAUCAACUUUUAAGAUUCUUUUGUUAUAAUGAAAUCAAUUAUACUAAAUUGUUUCAUCUAUCUUCCGUUUGUGGUGAUGCAAGAGGAAUCAUUUUAUUGUGGCCGUUGUUUCAAACGCUUAAAUUUUUCAGUGCAAAAACAGGAUCCGAACCUUCGGCUCAGCUUUACUAUUAUUUGGAUACACUUUUGUAUCAGUAUUUACAAUCGUUGAAAUUAUACAAAUGGUGUGUGUUACUUAUUUUCAGUCAAGUAUCACGUAAAAUUAUUUCAAAAAAGAAAGCGUUACAAAAUAUUUUAACCUUAUUAUACUAUGGUGUCCCUAUUUUGUUUCAAGAAACACCAAACCUAAGUGACACAAAUUGCUACACGAAUUUUUUAAAUUUUCUGCAACACCCAGAUAUUUGUAUUCCAUUUCAUUUCCUUCUUUAUGUCUCGUUAGCUAAAUUACCUUUUGCUAAAAAAGGAAUCGAGAGCUCUAAUCUUUGGUUAAAUUGUGCUCUAGCAUCUCUCCAAGUGCCUUGUGAAACCAAAUCUUCAGAUGAAGAAACUACAGUAUCUUUUUUUGAAACACUAUUUCAUCAUCGCAUUCCAACGGAUGUCUGUCCUUCACCAACAUCACUGUUUUGUCAUGGAUUAGUUGAUCUUCUAUUAGCUAAAACGUUUUAUUCAACUAUAGAAAAAUUGUGCGUCAUCAUUCAAGGUCACUCUGUUUUUACUUGGAAUUUCUUGUUUUUACAAAAAGCAUCACAAAAUAAUUUUUAUGUAAAUCAGAAACGACUCAUAUUUUCAAAAAUUUUGAAAAAGGUUGAAGUUCUAUUUAAUCAAGCGACUUGUUAUCCAAACACGAUCUCUUUUUGUAAUCAAGAACUGAACAUACGAACACUUCAUGAAUUCUGUCAGCUUAUUUUAUCCAAGUUUUCUCUUUUUCUUUUACAAACAGAAUGGGAAAAAUGUGUUUUAAUGCCUUUAUGUACUUUUGUGACAUGGAUUGUGGAUGUUUUAAUAUUCUUUUCACAUAAAGAUUUUUCAGAUGACUCCAAAGUCUCCUCAUCGACUAAGAAAAAAACGAACAAUUCUUCUUCGUCUCUUUAUUUUGAUGAUUCCAUGUCUCGUUUCUGUGAUGUUGCGCAACAUAUGCACGACAUUGCAGGAAACCUUUUAAAAUUUUCUGGUUCUUCAUCGGACGCUUUAAUCUCUUUUUCAGAAUCGAACCAGCCUUUACUUUUCAUACCACCAUCUCAACAAAAACACUCUCGUUUACCUUAUAUUUUAACUUCCUUGAAUCGUUAUUCUACUCAAGCUUUUCAAUUACUUGAAGCAGUUUAUACGUGCCUUAACACAAUACUUAAGGGAAGAAGUAAAAGUUUAUCACUGAAAGGUGAUGCAUUGGAUUUAAUGAAUAAUCCACAAGAUUUAUCCGAUUAUGGCUACGGUGUCUUGUUAGCUUGUUAAAAAAAGUUAUUUAAAUUCAAUGCUUACUUCUUACUAAAAUAUCAACCAUACGUUUUUAUUGUAUCUUGUUUUUGUUAAAAAUUUCCGCUAAGUUUUCGCAGUACUCAUUCACAACAUGUUUCUUCUUUACUCCUCUUUUUUCUCAAUCCAUUUUUUUUAAAAAUACAUAUUUUAGAAUGUCUUUUCUUGUUAGUGAAAUAGCAUACAAUGUCAGAAAUUAUGUAAGACUAAAAUAUCUAGUUGCAAAUGGCAAGUUACUACAACAUGUCUGGGUUGUCAUGGGCAAUCUGGAGGUAGAACGAGAACCAUACAUGCCUUUUUGACAUUCCAAGACCUUUCAAGCAACGAAAACAUUUUUUCGUUCACUGUUUAGAACAUAUACAUUUUCAUUGUCAUAAUAUUAUUUUUAAAGCGAAUAAUUUAUAUGACACAUUAAA